UACAACAGGUUAUUAUGAAUAUUGAAGAGCAGGUGAAAUGACUAGUGAAAAUUAUGUGAGGUGUAGUGUGUUGGAGCAAUAUCAAAAUGUGGAAUUGGAUUAGGGUUAACAUUUUCACAUUUUCUUUUUCAGUACAUGCACCAUGAAUGAACCAGCUUCUAGUGGAAAUGGACAAGACUUUGAUGUAUUUAGCGUAAUGGACUGGAAGGAUGGAAUUGGUACCUUGCCUGGAAGUGAUCUGAAGUUUCGUGUGAAUGAAUUUGGUGCCCUGGAAGUGAUCACCGAUGAAACAGAGAUGGAAAGUGUUAAGAAGGCCACAGCUACCACAACUUGGAUUGUGCCAACUGCACAAGAAGGUCAGAACACCUUCUUAGAAAAGACAGAAGCACCACUGAAAUUGAAGGAAACUACCACAGUGGAUGGAUUUCAUUUCUGUGAAAGCUGUUCUCACUCUGGAACCACAGUAGAAUUUGUAGCUGGAGAGAGAUCUUGCAGCCAAAAAUGUGUCCAUCAGUUUAAAAACAAAGAGCAACAGGAGAACAAAGACAUAUCAGAAUUCAAUGAUGAAGACUGUUCUAAGGGCACUCAAAAAAGAAAAAGCAAAUUGCCUCUAAAAGGAGAAUAUAUGGAUGACAGAGACAAGAAGGACAAGGAAACAGAGGAGAAUCCUGAAGGAAGGAUAUUAAGAGUCUCUCAAAGAGCCACACGUAAAAGGAAAAGAGAGAUGGCAAUUUUAAAACAGACUUUAAUGUCAAAAGGAAAGAAAGCAUGGAGCUGGUCUUCAUAUUUGGAAGAAGAGAAAGCUACAGCAGCUCCUCCUAAGUUUUUUAAAGAGUAUCAGUGCUUCCCUUACAACAAAAACGGAUUCAAAGUUGGAAUGAAACUAGAAGGAGUGGAUCCCGAGCACCAGUCAAUAUAUUGUGUGCUUACAGUAGCUGAGAUUUGUGGCUACAGAAUUAAACUUCACUUUGACGAAUAUCCAGAUUGUUAUGAUUUUUGGUUGAAUGCUGAUUCUUCAGAUAUUCACCCAGUUGGUUGGUGCGAGAAAACAGGACAUAAGCUUCAUCCACCAAAAGGAUAUAAAGAAGAUGAAUUUAAUUGGCCUGCAUAUCUGAAGAAAUGUAAAGCUCAAGCUGCUCCUAAGUCCUUGUUUGAAAACCAAAACACAACUGUGAUUCCAUCAGGCUUUCGAGUGGGAAUGAAGCUUGAAGCAGUAGACAAAAAGAAUCCUACAUUCAUAUGUGUUGCUACGGUAACCGACAUUGUGGACAGUCGUUUUUUGGUUCAUUUUGACAACUGGGAUGAGAGCUAUGACUAUUGGUGUGAAGCAGCAAGUCCAUAUAUUCAUCCAGUUGGGUGGUGUAAAGAACACAGAAGGACACUUGUAACACCUCCAGACUAUCCACAUGCCAAGCAUUUUACUUGGGAGAAAUAUUUGGAAGAAACCAGUUCUUUACCUGCACCUGCCAGGGCUUUUAAAGUGAAACCUUCUCAUGGAUUUCAGAAAAAUAUGAGACUGGAAGUCGUUGACAAGAGAAAUCCUGUACUUAUCAGGGUAGCCACUGUCGUAGAUAUUGAUGACCACAGAAUUAAAGUCCACUUUGAUGGCUGGGAUAGUAUUUAUGAUUAUUGGAGUGAUGCAGAUAGCCCUGACAUCCAUCCUGCAGGCUGGUGUGGGAAAACUGGACAUCCUCUUCAGCCCCCGCUUAGUCCCUUGGAGUUAGUAGAAGCUCUAGAACAAGGGGGAUGUCCUACAGCAGGAUGCAAAGGAGUUGGACACAUAAAAAGAGCCAGGCAUAUGGGCCAUCACAGCGUUGUCAGCUGCCCAUAUUCUGAGAUAAAUCUGAACAAAGAGCAUAUCCUUUCAGACCGUUUAAGUGGAGAGAUGCCUCUGAAUAAUCCACCUACGCAUUGGAACAGAAAGCCAGAAGUAAAUGAAAGAUCAGUCUCUCCUGUAAUCAAUAAUAGAAAAUGUUCAAGCCCCAGUCACACUGGCCUAAAAUCUUCAGUUCACCUUCAUUCAUCAAAGCAGGAAGACACAGAUGUGAAACUUCUUUGCAAAAAGCCGCUAAUGUGUGAUGUCAAAGAAAAGAACUACAGGGGAUGCCAAACAUUCAAGGAACUUGCUAAGAAAGAUGGGUGUGAAGGAAGGAAGAUGGAAAGUGAAGAGUCAUCUCUAAAUGAAACCAAAGACACCAAAGAAUCUAAUAACAGAAGUUCGCAUGCUCAUCCAGUCAUUUUGGGCUUGUCUUCCAAGCUGACGAUUCCAGGCUUUCCAUUACGGUGGGAACAGCAGAGUAAGCUCCUUCCUACUGUGGCUGGAAUCCCCGCUAGUAAAGUUUCCAAGUGGAGCACCGAUGAGGUCUCGGAGUUCAUACGGAGUUUGCCAGGCUGCGAGGAACAUGGCAAGAUGUUCAAAGAUGAACAAAUUGACGGUGAAGCUUUCCUGCUAAUGACCCAAGCAGAUAUAGUGAAAAUAAUGAGCAUUAAACUGGGACCAGCCCUAAAAAUCUUCAACUCGAUCCUAAUGUUCAAGGCUGCUGACAAGAGCUCUCACAAUGAACUCUGAUGGAGAAGUGACUACAGGACAGGCCUCUGUACUGCAGCUCAUGUUUUAUUCAAAGCACAAAGAUGCAGAAGGAAGAACUCUCCAAGGAGAAGAAAUCAGAAUGGGUGAAAUGCUGAUAUUCUCCAAGAGCCAAGGCAAUUGAACACUUCUGGGAAGUGAUUAAGAUUUGUAGCAAGGUAUUUUUAAAACGGCAUAGGUACUUAACAUUUACCAUGCUGAUGGCUCUAAUUUUUCCCACAACUAGCCAUCCUUAAUUUGAUUGGAAAACCAUUAACUAAGUUAAAAUAAUUGAAAUUAUGGAAAUAUUAUGCUUUUCUAAGGAGUCACAAAGUGUGUACUUCAUGAAUUUG